AUGGCUGAUCUGCCGCAAGACCGUCUGCUCCCCGACAAGCCACCCUUCACCAACACGGGUGUGGACUAUUUCGGGCCUUUCGAGGUCAGAAGAGGACCUGCAAAGGUCAAGCGUUAUGGUGUGCUCUUCACGUGUUUAACUGUCAGGGCAGUGCAUAUAGAGGUAGCCCAUUCGCUUGACACCGAUUCAUGCAUUAAUGCCAUAAGGCGUUUUCAAGCUAGAAGAGGACAAGUGUCAAUCAUCCGUUCCGACAAUGGCACGAAUUUUGUCGGCGCUGAACGAGAGCUGCGUGAGGCAUUAGCAAAGCUGGAUCAGUCUCGUAUCAACGAAGUCAUGAUGAGAAAGGGUGUGCAAUGGAUUUUCAACCCGCCUGCUGCGUCCCAUCACGGCGGCAUCUGGGAACGUCAAAUCCGCACAGUGAGAAAAGUGCUGAGCUCUGUUGUGAAGCAACAGGUCUUAGAAGAUGAAGGACUGCAUACUCUCCUAUGUGAAGUUGAGAGCAUCAUCAAUGGGAGACCCUUAACCACGAACACAGAUCACCCCAAUGACCUCGAGCCGCUGACACCAAAUCACCUGCUCGCAUUGAAAACACAGCCUAGUUUUCCACCUGGUGUGUUCACUAAGGAUGAUGUCUACGCUCGCCGGCGCUGGAGACAAAUACAGUAUAUGGUGGAUCUGUUCUGGAGAAGGUGGACUCACGAAUACCUACCACUUCUGCAAGAACGGCAGAAAUGGCUCGGCUUAAAGAGAAGUUUCAAGGUUGGAGACGUCGUCCUCAUCGUAGAUCCGCUCCUGCCAAGAAACUCCUGGAUGUUAGGCAGAAUCGUGAGGGUGAUGCCGGAUUCCAAAGGCGUUGUCCGAAGUGCUGAAGUUCGGACGAAGACCAGCAUCUUUCAAAGACCCAUAACUAAACUUUGUUUAUUGCAGGGAGAAGACUGA